UACUACUAUCCGUUUUCAUUAAAAAACUGCACACCCCAAUCCGAGAUUUAUUUAUCGACAACUAUAUUUAAGUCACAGGGAAUCAAUCUAAGCCUUCAACUCACUAUGACGAAUCAAUUUCAAGAAGUUAUGGACAUCCCGCGGGAUUUUGUUAAGGAUGGCACUCAGUUUGUCAACCGUUGUACAAAGCCUGACUUUGAAGAGUUUAUCAAGAUUUCACAGGCAGUUGGCAUAGGAUUUCUUGUGAUGGGAGCCGUAGGAUACUUGGUGAAACUCAUCCAUAUCCCGGUGAACAAUAUUCUCGUAGGAGGAGCAUGA